AUGUGCAACGCAUUGACCGCCAAGGGCACUCAGUGCACUCUACAGGAUUCAAAGUCUGAAUCGGUUGAAAAUAAUUCGACUGUCGAGUCGUUCCACUCGGAAGUAUUCGACUGUCCGCUGAAUGCCAAAGAUGCUCAUACAGUAUGCACCGAUGCUCAUCGAUACCGCAUGACUUUCAAAAUUCUAAUUAGCCAAGCUCUGGAAAACGCUGAGUCCGAAAAUGAUAUCAAGUAUAGGAGUUUGUUCGUUGUUGCUGAAAAUUUGCCGACGUAUGAAGCUGUUGUAGCUAAGGCGAAUGAUAUGAUUAAUAGUUUGAGGACAUCAGAGCUCUUGCUGCAGUCAAAAGAUCACGACGAUUAUCUGUACAAGCUAUGCCAGCUGAUCAGCCCAAACUGGUUCCGGGACCGCGAUAACAUUUGGGGAUUCACUCGUAUGGUCUAUCAGAUGCAGGGUGAUUCGGGCUUGUAUCGCCGCACGUAUGGAGUUAUCCUUGCAAAUUGGUUCGGCGAGAGCUUCAACGAGCGGAUGGCUAUGACAUCGUAUGAUCUGGAAGGACCCGAGACCAAAUACCACAACAAGAUUAGCAUUGAGCUCAUUGCAAAGGCUACAUCUAUCCCGGCCGAAGAGCUCAAGGCUGCAAUCACCGACGAUAGCAUCGAUUUUGCGUUUGAGUGGUGCGAGAGAUAUAUCAAGCCCACUAACCGUCCUAUUGUUGACGAUUUUCAUAAAUGGAGACUAAUUGUCAAGUACAUGCAUUGCUACAAGUUUCCCGAUGACGAAACCGCCGCCAAGAUGCUUGUUAUGGUAAUUGAUCUCUACUUUGUUAUUAUGGUCGAUGGUGAGCGAUAUCACCGCGUCGAUCUGACAAAGGAUGAGUCUAACGCUGAAAUGACUAAGGAGCUUGUAGAUCCGCUUAAGUCGAUGCUCUUCCACAUCAAUUCGCGUGAUAAACCAAUUAGCGCAUCCGCUCUGAUGGUUCAGCAAUUACCAUUCUUUCAUAUGUAUAAAUCAUUAAUUGUCAGCGUCGAGAAGCUUGGAGACAACAGCGAUACUAGUGUUUUUAACUCAUGCGUUCCAUUUAAGGCUCAGAUGGUUGAAUGCGAUGCUGAUUACUCAGUUUGCGAUGACAUUUUCAUAUUUAUCAAAGAGAUCAUCUGUGAUAAUGACGAAGCGAUGAACAAUCAGAUGAAUCACGAAGCACUAAAGUCGCUACUGACUGACAAGCUCAUGUCUGCUCGUCCGCUUUACGCAAAUAAAAUUACUGUCAUGAAUGUUCUUAAGGUCAUUAUCACUACGAACAACCUCGCAACGAUUCCUUCUGGUCGUGGAGCUCGCCGUCUUCAGAUCUUUCAGCUGAACGAUAAGCGCUGUCAAGACAAGGUUUAUUUCAAAAAAUUGUAUGAAAACUCGAUUAACAAUUCCGCGGUCAUUAAUGAUUUCUACACAUAUCUGAAGCACGAGAUCAAGGUCAAGAGAGGUCCUAUGGAUGGAAUUGUUCAAACGGAGGCUCAGCAAGAGUUCCGAUAG